AUGUCUUCAGUCAUUUAUUACAAAUUCCUACAUCAAAAGAACAAAAGUGUAAUACACUUUGAUGGUACAGCAAUCAGUGUAUUUGAUUUAAAACGAGAUAUAAUCAGUCAAAACAAUUUAGGUUCUGGUCAAGAUUUCAAUUUACGAUUAUAUCAUUCAGAACAACCAGAUUUAGAAUAUGAGUUGGACAAUGAUGUUAUUCCUAGAUCAAGUUAUGUACUUGCUAAGCGGUCACCAGCAUCGUCGAAAAUGGGUAAAUUCAAUAAUGCAUCGAGAUAUGUUAGUGGAAAACCACGAUUAAACCGAAAGGUUAUCAACACCACCAAUGCUAAUGCAUCAGCCGCCGGUAGCAAUAACAUGCCAACGUUGCCUCAACUAGGUGAAGAUGCAUCCGAAGAAGACAAGAUUAAAUUGAUGUUUGAAAAUCAAUCGAAUGUAUGGGCACAAACCCAAGAUGAAUUGGCACAGCACAAGAUGGUUUAUUAUAAACCGACGGCGACAACAACAACUACAAAUAAAGAAGAUUUACCGCCACCAGGAUACAUUUGUUAUCGAUGUGGUAAAAAGGAUCAUUGGAUUAAGAACUGUCCUACUAAUAAUGACCCUAAUUUCGAGGGGAAGAAAAUCAUGAGAACUACUGGUAUACCGAAAUCAUACCUAAAAACCAUAUCAAAAGAAGAAGUGGAAAAGAACUCGGGGUCCUUCACAACGAAUGAAAAUGGUGAUGUUAUUGAUAAUGAUGGUAACGCAAUAUUAAUUACUGAUGAAGGUGAAUAUGCCAUUGCAAUGGCUGAUUCCAAGACAUGGAUGAAUUAUCAAACGAAAUUACAAAAUGCUGCCAUGAAGUCAAAACAAGAAUACGAAUCUCGAUUAGUUGGUCUUGUUGAGAAGUAUAAUAAACCACAAUUUCUUGAUGCUUUAUCAUCGAGUAAAAAAGUGUUGAAACUGCCAGUCUAUACAACUCCAUGUUGUCCUGAUUUGACUAAAGUACAGAAAUUAUCCAAUGUAUAUCAUAAUCAAGAUGAGAUUGAAAAUGUAUUGAUUGAAAAUGAUUUCCAUUGUCCCAAUUGUGGUAAAGAUGAUAUAUAUAUUGAUUCGUUGGUACAUGCUGAAUCAUUAGAGAAGGAAUUACAAGAAUUCAUCGAAUCAAAAGAAGGCGAGAUAGGUAUGAAGGAUCCAAGUAAACGAUCAUUGGAGGAAGUAGCUAAUGAUGGAAAUGGGGUAGAUGUUAAGAAGCAGAAAUUGUAA